CGGGAAUAUCAUGGGAGCCACCAGUUAGUAGCAGAGUAUGCCACAACUUCUAGCAUCAGGAAAGACCUCUCCUAGCUUCCUACUGGAUAUCUUUAUUAGCAUUUUUAUAGAUUCUGUGAAAAAGAAGAAAUAAAACGAAAUCACCCACAUUUUCAAAAUGUUUUUCAAAAUGAAAAAUGAGAUAGACAAUGACCCUGAAUCAGAAAAAUGCAUCAAGGAUUCCACCAUCAUGAGAAGAGAGCCCCAAAAUGUCCUUAGUCCUUUGAUGCUCCCUAACCUUGAGAUCCCAUUCUCAGUAAAGGAUAUCAUCUCUAGGAUUGAGCGCGCACAGCUCCAUCGAGCCAGAGAGGACAUUGAUAUGCAGCUGAGUGAAAUAAUGAACAAUGUGCAUCGGAUAAUGACUCGCUAUACUCUUGUUUUUAACUCAUCCUCUGAAAGGAAUGUCUCCCUUACAGAACAUAAGAAAAAACAGAGAACCAAUUUUCUUGAGAAAAUGGCUACUUACGCUAAGACUAUUGAAAUAAGAGAAAAGACUCUUGCCAACAUUCUGGCCUGGUUGGAAGAAUGGAAUGAUGUUUUGUCUGAGAUGACUCUAAUGGAUGUUGAUGAACACCACCACUGGAUAGCACAAAUGGAGUUGUUACCGGACACGUUAAAAGCUAUUGAGAACAAUGUCAAGAUACUAAGCAGAUUUAGUACAUCUUUCCUCGACGAAAAGAAGAAACAAAAGAAAAAAAUACUAUCUAGAGGUACUCUAUGGAAAUCUUGGAAAGAAAGAGUUAUAAAACGACCUUCAACAGCCCGUGCUUUAAGACCAGAUCAGAUGAUUAGUGAUCAACUUGCCACAAAUACAAAGGUUUCAGAAAUCCAAGGUAUGCUACAGGAACUCAUAGGCACCACAAUGUUCAGUACAUUGGAAAACAAUGCUAUUAAAUAUAUAUCAUCAACAAUAGUAAACCUUUCUAAAGCUUUGAGUAUGCUAAAUGAUGAAUUAAAAUGUGUUAACUUCCAAAGUUCCACUGUGUAUGCACAUGAGACAAGUGAAGCAGAAGAGGAGCUCUCUCUGAAGAUAAUACGAGACCUCAGUAACGAAAAUGAAAUGCUUCAGCAGAAACUUCAAGAUGCAGAAGAAAAAUGUGAGCAACUUAUUCGAUCCAAAAUUGUUAUAGAACAACUAUAUGCAAAAUUGUCCACAUCAUCAACCUUGAAAGUGUUACCUGGACCUUCUCCACAGUCAUCCAGGGCGAUUAUCAAAGCUGGUGAUACUGAGGACAAUAUGGACAAUAUUUUAGACAAGGAACUUGAAAAUAUUGUAGAUGAAGUCCAAAGAAAAGAGACCAAGGACUCUGGGAUAAAAUGGGACUCCACUAUUUCAUAUACAGCCCAAGCUGAAAGAACUCCAGAUUUAACUGAACUACGACAGCAACCUGUUGCUUCUGAAGAUAUUUCUGAAGACAGCACUAAAGAUAACGUAUCAUUGAAGAAAGGUGAUGUCUAUCAGGAAGAUGAGACUGAUGAGUAUCAAUCAUGGAAAAGAAGGCACACAAAAGGCACAUAUGUAUAUGAGACCUCUGGACCAAAUCUGAGUGAUAAUAAAAGUGGACAGAAAGUCUCAGAGGCCAAACCUAGUCAAUACUAUGAGCUACAAGUACUGAAAAAGAAAAGAAAAGAAAUGAAAUCCUUUUCUGAAGAUAAAUCAAAGUCACCCACUGAAGCAAAAAGAAAACAUCUAUCUUUAACUGAAACAAAGAGCCAAGGUGGCAAAAGUGGAACAAGUAUGAUGAUGUUGGAGCAAUUUAGGAAGGUCAAACGUGAAUCUCCAUUUGACAAACGUCCAACUGCAGCAGAGAUUAAAGUGGAACCCACCACUGAGUCAUUGGACAAAGAGGGCAAAGGUGAAAUUAGAAGCCUAGUGGAGCCACUCAGUAUGAUCCAAUUUGAUGAUACCGCUGAGCCACAGAAAGGAAAAAUAAAAGGAAAGAAACACCAUAUCUCUUCAGGAACUAUCACAAGCAAAGAAGAAAAAACUGAAGAGAAGGAAGAGUUGACCAAACAAGUCAAGUCUCAUCAACUCGUUAAAUCACUCUCAAGAGUGGCUAAAGGGACUUCAGAAUCUACCAGAGUUCUAGAAAGUCCAGAUGGCAAAAGUGAACAGAGUAACCUCGAAGAAUUUCAGGAAGCCAUAAUGGCUUUCCUAAAACAGAAAAUUGAUAACAUAGGAAAGGCUUUUGACAAAAAGACUGUUCCGAAGGAAGAGGAGUUAUUAAAAAGAGCAGAAGCUGAAAAAUUAGGAAUCAUAAAGGCAAAAAUGGAGGAAUAUUUCCAAAAAGUGGCUGAAACUGUGACUAAAAUCUUGAGAAAAUACAAAGAUACAAAAAAGGAAGAACAAGUUGGAGAGAAACCUAUAAAACAAAAAAAGGUAGUCUCAUUUAUGCCAGGAUUGCAUUUUCAGAAGUCACCAAUUAGUGCAAAAUCUGAAAGCAGUACCCUCCUCUCAUAUGAGAGCACAGAUCCAGUAAUUAACAAUUUAAUACAAAUGAUCUUGGCUGAAAUAGAAAGUGAAAGAGAUAUUCCAACAGUCUCAACAGUACAGAAAGACCACAAGGAGAAGGAAAAACAAAGGCAGGAGCAAUAUUUGCAAGAGGGUCAAGAACAAAUGUCUGGCAUGAGUCUCAAACAGCAGUUGCUGGAAGAAAGAAAUCUCUUGAAGGAGCACUACGAGAAGAUAAGUGAGAAUUGGGAAGAAAAAAAGGCAUGGCUCCAGAUGAAGGAGGGAAAGCAAGAACAACAGAGCCAGAAACAGUGGCAGGAAGAAGAGAUGUGGAAGGAAGAGCAAAAACAGGGAACUCCAAAGCACGCUGAGCAAGAGGAGAAGCAAAAGCAAAGAGGACAGGAGGAAGAAGAGCUUCCAAAGUCAAGCCUGCAGCGGCUGGAAGAAGGGACCCAAAAAAUGAAAACACAAGGGUUGCUCUUGGAAAAGGAGAAUGGACAGAUGAGGCAGAUUCAGAAGGAAGCGAAACAUCUGGGGCCACACAGGAGAAGGGAGAAAGGGAAGGAAAAGCAGAAGCCAGAGAGAGGGCUAGAGGACCUCGAAAGGCAGAUCAAAACAAAGGAUCAGAUGCAGAUGAAGGAAACACAACCUAAAGAGCUAGAAAAAAUGGUCAUCCAAACUCCAAUGACAUUAUCUCCCAGGUGGAAGAGUGUAUUGAAAGAUGUACAGCGGUCAUAUGAAGGAAAAGAGUUUCAGAGGAAUCUGAAGACAUUAGAGAACCUUCCUGAUGAAAAGGAGCCCAUAUCAAUCACACCUCCCCUCUCCCUACAAUACUCCCCGCCUGGAGCUCUUCCUAUUUCUGGCCAGCCUCUCACUAAAUGCAUUCAUCUCACACCUCAGCAGGCCCAGGAAGUGGGGAUCACACUCACUCCUCAGCAGGCCCAGGCUCAGGGGAUCACGCUCACCCUUCAGCAGGCCCAGGAACUAGGGAUCCCUCUCACCCCUCAGCAGGCCCAGGCCCUGGAGAUCCCUUUCACCCCUCAGCAGGCGCAGGCCCUGGGGAUCCCUCUCACCCCUCAACAGACCCAGGUUCAAGGGAUCACUCUCACCCCUCAGCAGGACCAGGCCCCGGGGAUCUCUCUCACCACUCAGAAGACUCAGAAACUAGGGAUCCCUCUCACCCCUCAGCAGGCCCAGGAAUUGGGGAUCCCUCUUACCCCUCAGCAGGCCCAGGCCCUGGGGAUCCCUCUCACCCCUCAGCAGGCUCAGGCCCUGGGGGUCUCUCUCACCCCUCAGCAGGCUCAGGAACUGGGGAUCCCUCUCACCCCUCAGCAGGCCCAGGCCCUGGGGAUCACUCUCACCCCUCAGCAGGCUCAGGAAUUGGGGAUCCCUCUCACCCCUCAGCAGGCCCAGGCCCUGGGGAUCACUCUCACCCCUCAGCAGGCUCAGGACUUGGGGAUCCCUCUCACCCCUCAGCAGACCCAGGCCCUGGGGGUCUCUCUCACCCCUCAGCAGGCUCAGGACUUGGGGAUCCCUCUCACCCCUCAGCAGGCCCAGGCCCUGGGGAUCCCUCUGAUCCCUCCGCAGGCUCAGGAAUUGGGAAUCCCUCUCACCCCUCAGCAGGCCCAGGCCCUGGGGAUCACUCUCACCCUUCAGCAGGCCCAGGAAUUGGGGAUCCCUCUCACCCCUCAGCAGGCACAGGCUCUCGGAAUCACUCUCACCCCUAAGCAGGUUCAGGAACUGGGGAUCCCUCUCAACCCUCAGCAGGCCCAGGCCCUGGGGAUCCCUCUCACCCCUAAGCAGGCACAGGCUCUGGGGAUCCCUUUCACCCCUCAGCAGGCGCAGGCCCUGGGGAUCCCUCUCACCCCUCAGCAGGCGCAGACUCAGGAGAUCAUUCUCACCCCUCAGCAGGCCCAGGCCUUGGGGAUGCCUCUCACCACUCAGCAGGCUCAGGAACUGGGGAUCCCUCUCACCCCUCAGCAGGCUCAGGCCUUGGGGAUGCCUCUCACCCCUCAGCAGGCGCAGGCUCUCGGGAUCACUCUCACCCCUAAGCAGGCUCAGGAAUUGGGGAUCCCUCUCACCCCUCAGCAGGCCCAGGCCCUGGGGAUCCCUCUCACCCCUCAGCAGGCCCAGGCCCUGGGGAUCACUCUCACUCCUCAGCAGGCCCAGGAACUGGGGAUCCAUCUCACCCCUCAGCAGGCACAGGCUCAGGAGAUCACUCUCACCCCUCAGCAGGCCCAGGCCCUGGGGAUGCCUCUCACCGCUCAGCAGGCUCAGGAGCUGGGGAUCACUCUCACCCCUCAGCAGGCUCAGGAAUUGGGGAUCCCUCUCACCCCUCAGCAGGCCCAGGCCCUGGGGAUCCCUCUCAUCCCUCUGCAGGCUCAGGAAUUGGGGAUCCCUCUCACCCCUCAGCAGGCCCAGGCCCUGGGGAUCCCUCUGAUCCCUCUGCAGGCUCAGGAAUUGGGGAUCCCUCUCACCCCUCAGCAGGUCCAGGCCCUGGGGAUCCCUCUGAUCCCUCUGCAGGCUCAGGAAUUGAAGAUCCCUCUCACCCCUCAGCAGGCCCAGGCCCUGGAGAUCCCUCUCAUCCCUCAGCAGGCUCAGGAAUUGGGGAUCCCUCUCACCCCUCAGCAGGUGCAGGCUCAGGGGAGCCCUCUCACCCCUCAGAAGGCGCAGGCCCUGGGGAUCCCUCUCACCCCUCAGCAGGCCCAGGCCCUGGGGAUCCCUCUCACCCCUCAGCAGGCGCAGGAACUGGGGAUCCCUCUCACCCCUCAGCAGGUGCAGGAACUGGGGAUCCCUCUCACCCCUCAGCAGGCGCAGGAACUGGGGAUCCCUCUCACCCCUCAGCAGGCGCAGGAACUGGGGAUCCCUCUCACCCCUCAGCAGGCGCAGGAACUGGGGGUCCCUCUCAUCCCUCAGCAGGCGCAGGCCCUGGGGGUCCCUCUCACCCCUCAGCAGGCCCAGGCCCUGGGGGUCCCUCUCACCCCUCAGCAGGCGCAGGAACUGGGGAUCCCUCUCACCCCUCAGCAGGCGCAGGCCCUGGGGGUCCCUCUCACCCCUCAGCAGGUGCAGGCCCUGGGGAUCCCUCUCACCCCUCAGCAGGCGCAGGCCCUGGGGAUCCCUCUCACCCCUCAGCAGGUGCACGAACUGGGGCUCCCUCUCACCCCUCAGCAGGCGCAGGAACUGGGGAUCCCUCUCACCCCUCAGCAGGCCCAGGCCCUGGGGAUCCCUCUCACCCCUCAGCAGGCCCAGGCCCUGGGGAUCCCUCUCACCCCUCAGCAGGCCCAGGCCCUGGGGAUCCCUCUCACCCCUCAGCAGGCCCUGGCUCAGGGGAUCCCUCUCACCCCUCAGCAGGCCCAGGCCCUGGGAAUCCCUCUCACCCCUCAGCAGGCGCAGGCUCAGGGGAUCACUCUCACCCCUCAGCAGGCCCAGGCACUGGGAGUCCCCAUCACCCCAGUAAAUGCCUGGGUGUCAGCUGUCACUCUUACCUCUGAGCAAACCCAGGCUUUGGAGUCCCCUAUGAACUUAGAACAGGCUCAAGAACAGUUAUUGAAGUUAGGGGUUCCUCUCACCUUAGAUAAAGCCCAUACCUUGGGAUCGCCCCUCACCCUUAAGCAAGUCCAGUGGUCCCAUAGACCAUUUCAGAAAUCGAAGGCUUCCCUCCCCACUGGGCAAUCCAUCAUAUCAAGAUUGUUUCCAAGCCUUAGGCUGUCCCUGGCAUCAUCAGCUCCUACUGCUGAGAAGUCCUCUAUAUUCGGGGUCUCUUCUACUCCUUUGCAGAUAUCAAGGGUUCCCCUCAACCAAGGCCCCUUUGCCCCUGGGAAGCCCCUAGAAAUGGGGAUUCUUUCUGAGCCUGGGAAGCUUGGGGCACCACAGACUCUUCGUUCCUCUGGACAGACCCUGGUAUACGGAGGUCAAUCCACUUCUGCGCAGUUCCCGGCACCACAGGCCCCUCCCACCCCUGGGCAGCUCCCAAUAUCUCGGGCCCCUCCCACUCCAGGGCAGCCCUUUAUAGCUGGAGUUCCACCCACUUCUGGACAGAUUCCAAGUCUCUGGGCUCCUCUUUCUCCUGGGCAGCCCUUAGUUCCUGAAGCCUCUUCCAUCCCUGGGGACCUCCUGGAAUCUGGACCCUUAACCUUCUCUGAGCAGCUCCAGGAAUUCCAGCCUCCUGCCACUGCUGAGCAAUCUCCCUAUCUGCAGGCUCCUUCUUCCCCUGGGCAGCAUCUGGCAACAUGGACCCUUCCUGGGCGAGCUUCUUCAUUAUGGAUCCCUCCCACCUCUAGACGUCCUCCCACACCCUGGCCGUCCCCAGCCCCUGGAAAGCCCCAGAAAAGUUGGUCCCCUUCUGUUGCUAAGAAAAGAUUGGCAAUUAUUUCUUCUCUGAAAUCUAAAUCAGUAUUGAUCCAUCCUAGUGCUCCAGAUUUCAAGGUAGCUCAAGUUCCUUUCACCACUAAGAAGUUCCAAAUGUCGGAGGUCUCUGACACUUCCGAAGAAACCCAGAUACUUCAAGACACUUUUGCUAUAGAAUCCUUUAGAACAUUUCAGUCCCAUUUCACCAAAUAUAGGACACCAGUAUACCAAACCCCUUACACUGAUGAAAGGGCCCUUCUCACUCUCAUGAAGCCAACAUCACCAUCUUCUCUCACUACUCUACUCAAAACAUCACAGAUUUCACCUUUGGAAUGGUACCAGAAAUCCCGAUUCCCUCCUAUAGACAAGCCCUGGAUACUGAGUUCAGUUUCAGGUAUCAAGAAACCCAAAGUAAUGGUGCCCCCUUCCUCUCCUCAAGAACUUGAAGAAAAGAGGUAUUUUGUUGAUGUGGAGGCUCAGAAGAAGAACCUGAUACUAUUAAAUCAGGCUAUAAAAACUUGUGGACUCCCUUCACAGCUACACACAAUGGCUAGGACUCUCAUAACUGAGAUACUUCAUAUGGACACGGUUCAGUUGGGAUACUUAUUCCACAAGUACAUUGCCUAUAGGCUGAUCCAGUAUGCCAGGAACAACAUAAUGAAACGACUAAAAGCCAUCCAAAAUACUGGGAAAGGCUAUGAGGCCAGGAACCUCCACAUGAUGCUGAGCAGACUUGAUGACUACGGGAAAAAGGUGAUGCAGGUCUGGACUGAGAAGCAGAAGUCUCUAGGGCAGAAACGGAAUCAGUGCCUGAAGAAAAUGAUACACGUAUUCAACCAGCUCAAAAAGAUAUAUGAAUUGAAUCUUAGUCAACCUAUCCCCUUAAUCAUCGAAGAAAAGCAGAUACCUGCCUCUACCACAUUUGUUCAAAAGCCAUUCUUAAAAUUACUAAUGGAAGAGGACAGAACCUCUGACAUAUUCAAGAAAUUUAGGCAACAAGAAGACCAGACAGAGGCCAUCUGGAAUGUUGAUCUGUCCACUUCAAGCUACCCAAUAGCAGAGAAGACAUCUAUGCAUUCACUCUGGGCCCAGCUGGGUGGGUACCCAGACAUUCCCAGGCUGCUUCAGUUAGAAGUGCAGUCUACCUUCCGAAAAUCUCUUGCAUCCCUCCAGUCACGGGUUAAGAAGAUUCCCAAAUGA